GUUCCAGAAGCAAGACACAACACAAAGCACAUGCUUCCGCCCUUUGCUCCCAGAUAAGCUCCGCACAGACCUCGUUCAUGGACGGUAUAAAAGUCGGCGGUUUGGGUGGAACUGCUCAGUUUCUCAUUGGUCGAGCCAUGGAGAAGGACUGCACCCUCAAGGUUGAGAGACCAGUCUACGAACAGGAGGAACUCCACAGGACAUGUGGCUACUCCAAACCUAGGUCCACUGUUCUGGACCGAAUUAGAAACAGUUACAGAGAAUGGAAGCUUGUCCACUUUCUGCAGAACCUGAUUCCAAUAAUUCAGUGGCUGCCUCACUACAAGUGGCGUCAUGACUUUAUUGGUGAUCUUAUUGCUGGUAUCACCGUUGCUGUGAUGCACAUCCCUCAGGGAAUGGCAUAUGCACUUCUUGGAACUGUCCCACCCAUUGUUGGCAUUUAUAUGGCCUUCUUCCCUAUCUUAGCAUAUUCUGUGCUUGGUACAUCUAGGCACAAUUCCAUGGGGACAUUCGCUGUAGUCUGCCUAAUGACAGGAAAGUCAGUAGCAGCUUACAGUACUCAAGCAGCAGAAGGAAAUACAACCAAUGCAGAAAAUGCCAUCUACAGCCCCAUGGAAGUUGCUACAGCUGUUGCCUUCAUGGUUGGAAUAUAUCAGCUGCUAAUGUAUGUAUUCCGAAUGGGUAUUGUGUGUACACUGCUGUCUGACACUCUGGUGAAUGGUUUUACAACUGGUGCCGCAAUUCACGUUUUAACAUCUCAAGUCAAAGACUUACUUGGAUUGAAAAUUACAAGAUAUGAGGGACCAUUCAACAUAGGAUUUGCUUACAUUGAGAUAUUCAACAAAAUUGAGGAAGUUAAUACAGCUGCUUUAGUUGUGUCUUCCAUAACAAUUAUUGUGCUGGCCAUUAACAAUGAGAUCCUGAAGCCUCUGGUGAGAAAACGAUCCGUCAUACCCAUUCCCAUAGAACUGAUGGCUGUCAUAAUUGGAACAUUGGUAUCUACAUAUAUCAAUCUGCAAGAUGAAUAUGGGCUGCAGCCUGUAGGUGAUAUUCCAACAGGGUUGCCAUAUCCAACACUGCCAGCCUUCACAAUUUUUCCAAAAAUUAUGAUGGACAGCUUCACCAUCACAAUGGUAGCUUAUACUAUCUCAAUGUCAAUGGCAUUAAUUUUUGCUCAGAGACAUAAUUAUGAAGUGGACUCUAACCAGGAACUAUUUGCUCAGGGCACAAGCAAUAUUGUGGGAUCCUUCUUCUCCUGCAUGCCUAUCACCGCAUCACUCUCAAGAAGUCUGGUUCAGGAGACAGUCGGUGGCAAGACUCAGCUAACCAGCCUAAUAUCAUGCCUGAUUCUCCUCACUGUGAUGCUUUGGAUUGGACCAUUCUUUGAGCCUCUACCCAGAUGCAUACUGGCAAGCAUUAUUGUAGUGGCCCUGAAGGGAAUGCUGCUGCAAGCCAAGGACCUGCCUUCCUUCUGGCGACUGUCUAAGUUAGAUGGUUUGGUUUGGAUCAUCACAUUCCUCACUGUGGUCCUUGUGGACAUCGACUAUGGUCUGCUGGUGGGGCUGGGACUUUCCCUUGCUUCUAUUUUAGUACAAGGCAUGAAACCCUACACAUGUCUAUUAGGAGCCAUGCCAAAUAUGGAUAUUUAUCUUGAUUGCAACAGGUAUAAAGAGUCUCGAGAGAUUCCAGGAAUUAAAAUUUUCCAUUACUGUGGAGGACUAAACUUUGCAACAAGAAGCCACUUCACGAAUGAAUUGUAUCGGCUUGUGAGCGUAAACCCACAGGUUGAGUUGGCACGUAGAAAUAAACUGGAGAGGAGUCGAACCUCAGGUUGGGUCAACAGUACGCCAGAAGAAGCGAGGGAAGGUAUUGUUAAUAUCAGCUUUGUGGAGCAAAGUGAGGAUCAUGUAGAUGAGCCUACUGUGAGCACACCCAUCAGACCUCAAGCCUCUUCAUAUGGAAGCUUUACUGAGGAAAAACUGCAGAUCCGAUACAUUAUCUUGGACUUCUUGGCUCUAAGUUACAUUGAUCCUUCUGGUGUGAAUGCCCUCAAGUUGCUCAAUGAGGCCUUCAGCAAGAUUGACAUCACCAUUUACUUGGCUGGAAUUUCAGGUAUAUAUACUUAUAUUAAUUUAGGGAGUUAGCCACUGGAAUUGUCUCAAUUCUGUGGAAUAAAAUGUGUUUGUCACUAAAAGACACAGGAAGUCAUAGGAGUCUGACACAAAGUGAAUAAAACAAAAGGUCCUUAAAAUCAUAGACUGAGAAGUUGCCAUGUCAUGAGGACACAAAUCUGCACAUACGUAUAAAACAGGGCUCAUCCCGAGACAUGGAAGAUGCAGACUGAAUCCUAUCUUAACCAGUAAGUGAUUAUGAUGUCUCUAUAUGUCAUGCAUAUUUCCAACUACACCACUGUAUAAAUGACACUCAGCAAUGCAAAUCUGUACUUUGUGCUUGUUAGAUCUUAUAGUUAAUUCAAAGUGUUAUAGGAUGGUGCUGAGUGCUUGAUAGCUGUCCUGGGUUUAAGUUUAGGUCCUAGCAAGAAGUUGCACGUGAGUGAUGAAGAGGUGUUAAGUGAACUACUGCAAGAGAAAAAAUGUAGUGAUAUUUCUGAGAGCAAAUGCAGUAGUGACAUGAAAUAAAUGUGAAAGUUUUGUCAUGGGGUGAACAGAGUCGGCUCCGAUGAAGAAGAUAAUGUCAGUGGCAGCAGUAGCAUGCUGCAUGGCAUAUGUGCAGACAGGUGCUGAGCAACUACAUUUUCUAUUUACUGGAAAAUCUGGCCUAAAUACUGAUUUGGGAGAUCCCAGUAUGCCCUGAGUUGUUUUGUACACCAGAAAUUGUAGAACAGCCAGAGAAACAAACCGGUAUGCCCAUAAAUUUUUAGAAAACAUACCUAAACUAAAACUAAGAUCUAAGGCCCAUCACUGGAAGGAGAUGAACAGAAAUGAAAUAAAAAGUCACUGGCAUUCCUUCUGUUACAAGGACUUCAACCAAAACCUGAUAACAAGAGCUAUUUUUUCCUGGAGGAAAAUUCUGGAAAUGCCCAGAUGUUUGGACAUGUUCAGUGAGAAGAGGUGUCACCUUCUACUCAAGUUUCUUCAUUUUGUUGACAAUGGAAAGGGUCAAAGUCGUGAAACAUGGUACAACUGCGAAAACUGUAGGGUGGGCCCUGCGUGCUGCACGUUUCCUACGUUACCAUAUGGCGCCCAACUUCUAGAGGCGUGAAAGGCAAUCGAGGUUCUACAAGUUAAGAAGAUUCUGAGUGUAAGAUUUUGUUGGCUAUAAAUUGUACCAUGGGAUGGUAUUGAAAAUUACAUCAUAAUUACAAAGACCUUCAUGGUAUGUGCCAUUGGAGUUGCAACGUUACCAGUGGUUUAAUCGUUUUGAUGAUGAUUUUGUGGUCUGCACACGAUAACGAUUUUGCAGUAGAUGUUUGGAAGAACAAAUAGCUUUUGUUGCACAGUUCAUUCAUCCAUAGUGGUGAAAAAGUACAAAUUCAUUCAACAUGGCAAUAAGAAGCAUCUGUUAUCAAUGAGUCAGUCAGAACUGUAAGAGGUCACAGUGAAAUGUCGCAAUUAAUCAAACGUUUGUCUAUUUAGGCUCAAGGAGAUUUUGUCAGUCAGCUUUCUAUGAUCAUGUUAAAUCUCCAAACACCAGACUCCGGUCAGGACUGCAUAUACUGAACGUGCAUGAGUCAGACAUGCCUUUGUGAUCACGUAUUGGGAACUGAAAUGCAUGUCAAUGGCAAUAGUAGGGUACUUUUUGAGAAUAAAGCCAAACGUAUGGAUUUUACUAAAAAUUGUAUACGCGGACUUUACUGUAUAAAUUAAAAUACAGAUAUAUGAACUGGUGUAUAUGGGGUGUCCCAGGAUGAAUGGACCAAACUUCGGGAGGGU